UGCAGUCUCUGAGGAGAUGGACACCUCUUCUUCUUCUGGACGAUCUCCGUCUCCUACUGGGACUGUCUUCUUACCCCCUCCUAUCAUGUGGAACAGUCUCUACAAGCAGGCAGAGAUGGAGGCUCAGUUCCUGAGAGAAGAGAAGAAGACCUGUACAGAGAAGGAAGCCCACAUGCUUGAGUUGAGGGGGAAGGAUCGAACGAUCCAAAAUCAGAAGAAGGAGAUGGACAGACUUCAAGUGUGCCUCUGGGAGGAGGAAAAGAAGAAGAGGAAUGGUGGAACGGAGAAGGACGAGAUGAUUGAACAACUACAGUCUGAGACAGACCAUCUCAGAGCCCUUUUGAAAGAUGAAAGGAGGAGAAGAAGAGUAGAAAGGGGUAUAAUGAAAGAGUGGAAGGCUGAGAUCCUGAGACUGAGGGAGGCAGAGAGCCAGAGGGAGGCAGAGAGCCACAGGGAGGCAGAGAGCCAGAGGAAAGCAGAGAGACAGAGGGAAGCAGAGAGAAAGAGGGAGGCAGAGAGAGCCACAGAAUGGGAGGAGAACCAGGGAAACAUGCAGGAGAUCAACAGACUAAAACAACUGCUGGAGCUGCUGAUGGUGGACCUUCAACUGGCCCACGUAAGACAUGUCAUUGUUAUUAUUAAAAGGCAGUGUAUAUUCACCCGGCUGAAAAUGAAUGGCGGCAGUAUGCUAACCCAAUGUUAACUUUUAUGCCUUUCCUAAACGUUAACCCUUACCUUAACCUCACUGAAACAAUACCUAACCUUUACCAUAACCCAACCCUAGGUCCUAAACCUAACCUUCAUUUAUCUCAACCCCUACGCCUUUCUUCUGCCGGUUGAAUAUCCACUUCCUUAUUAACGUCAUUACUGUUGUUGUUGUUGAUAACUGUAUCUGUGCAGGUUGUAAAUAAUUGCAUUAGUGAAGCAUCAUUUGUAGGAGUAAUUUCUACAAGCAUAAACAUCAGAGGCAACAUUGUUGUAACAUCACACAA